UUCAUUUUAUUCAUCCCAACUUUAUUUCACUUACAAUAGUUCUAUGCAUAAGAAAUCCUAAUCCUCUGGGCUCUGAAUAUAUAUAUAUAUGUAUGUAUGUAUGUAUAUGUAUAUAUCUUCCUUCUCAGUAUACUAUAGUGAAGGCCAAGGGGUUUAUAUAUUUUUGAAGCAUACAUAACCCGAGUCGGGACGUGGUCUGAGAAUCUUAACUGUUGUUUGGUUGCUGAGAAAGGGUGGGAAAAUGGGACAGAAAAGUCCCAGUAAGGACAAUAACAGCAGCAGCACGAUGAAAGUUGGGUCCAUGAGGUCCAUUUUCAUGCAUGCUGAUGGGGUUGAUAGAUUGUUGAUGAUUUUAGGGCUGUUUGGAUCCCUUGGUGAUGGCUUCUCCACACCGCUGGUUUUGUUGAUCACUAGCAAAUUGAUGAACAAUAUUGGCGGUUCACCAACUUCGGCUCAAGAUGCGUUUCUGCAUAACAUAAAUAAGAAUGCAGUGGCGCUGUUGUACUUGGCUUGUGGGGGAUUUGUUUGCUGUUUCCUAGAGGGAUAUUGCUGGACAAGAACCGGCGAGAGGCAAGCAGCUAGAAUGAGAGUCAGAUAUUUGAAAGCAGUUCUAAGGCAAGAUGUAGGCUACUUUGAUUUACAUGUCACAAGCACAUCAGAAGUCAUCACAAGUGUCUCUAAUGAUAGCUUAGUGAUUCAAGAUGUCCUAAGUGAAAAGCUACCGAACUUCGUGAUGAAUUCCUCCAUGUUCUUUGGAAGCUACAUAGCGGCGUUUAUAAUGAUGUGGAGGCUAGCAAUCGUAGGGUUUCCAUUUGUGGUGCUGCUAGUAAUUCCCGGUUUAAUUUACGGAAGGACUUUGAUGGGAUUAGCUAGGCAGAUUAGGGAAGAGUACAACAAGGCUGGCAACAUAGCAGAGCAGGCAAUUUCUUCAAUCCGGACCGUUUAUGCCUUCGUCGGAGAAAACAAAACUAUAUCGGAAUUCUCUGUGGCUCUUCAGGGCUCCGUCAAGUUGGGAUUGAGCCAGGGCUUGGCUAAAGGCCUGGCCAUUGGAAGUAACGGCGUUGUCUUCGCCAUUUGGUCUUUCAUGUCGUAUUAUGGAAGCACAAUGGUCAUGUACCAUAGCGCUCGGGGAGGCACUGUUUUUGCUGUUGGUGCUGCCAUCGCCGUUGGUGGAUUGGCAUUAGGUUCUGGACUAUCAAACUUGAAGUACUUUUCAGAGGCAUGUUCGGCAGCCGAGCGCAUAAUGGAAGUGAUAAGAAGAGUUCCCAAGAUCGAUUCCGACAACAUGGAAGGCGAAUGUCUAGAGGAUGUCUCCGGUGAAGUCGAAUUCAAGCAUCUCGAAUUCGCAUACCCGUCGAGACCGGAAAGCAUCAUCUUCAAAGAUUUCAACUUGACAAUUCCGGCGGGCAAAACGGUGGCGUUGGUGGGCGGAAGCGGCUCGGGGAAGUCCACGGUGAUAUCGCUGUUGCAGCGGUUUUAUGAUCCACUCGGAGGCGAGGUUCUUCUUGAUGGGGUGGCGAUAAAUAAGCUUCAGCUCAAGUGGCUGAGGUCGCAGAUGGGUUUGGUGAGCCAAGAGCCUGCUCUAUUUGCAACCAGCAUUGAGGAGAACAUACUUUUUGGGAAAGAAGAUGCUGAGAUUGAAGAGGUUAUUGAGGCUGGAAAAGCUGCUAAUGCUCAUAAUUUCAUCUCCCAGUUGCCUCAAGGAUAUGAUACUCAGGUUGGCGAGCGAGGUGUUCAAAUGUCGGGAGGACAGAAACAAAGGAUCGCCAUUGCACGAGCCAUCAUCAAGAAACCUCGUAUCCUCCUCCUAGAUGAAGCCACCAGCGCACUGGACUCCGAAUCCGAACGAGUAGUCCAAGAAGCCCUAGACAAAGCAGCCGUCGGCCGCACCACAAUAAUCAUCGCGCACCGCCUCUCCACCAUCCGAAAUGCGGACGUGAUUGCCGUAGUUCAAAACGGCCAGGUCAUGGAAAUUGGCUCCCACGAUGAGCUCUCCCAACGUGAAAACGGCCACUACACGUCCCUUGUCCGCCUCCAACGAACGGAGAAAGAAAAGGAACCAGAAGAGUUAGGGCAUUAUGGUGUUUCGUCUUCCAUUUCAAACGAUAUUCACAGCACAAGCAGCCGUAGGCUCUCCAUGGUGAGUCGUUCGAGUUCCGCAAACUCGUUUGCUCAGGGUAGAGCUCCGGAUCAAGAGAGUGUUGUAGAGUAUGAACAGAAGAAACUGCCCGUGCCUUCGUUUAGGAGACUUUUGGCCUUGAACCUUCCCGAGUGGAAACAAGCAGUUAUGGGGUGCACGAGUGCGACUCUUUUUGGGGCGGUACAGCCGUUGUACGCGUUUGCGAUGGGGUCCAUGAUAUCGGUUUAUUUCUUGAAGGACCACGACGAGAUUAAGGCGAAGACAAGGACUUAUUCUCUUUGCUUUCUAGGGUUGGCAAUCUUCUCGUUGCUGAUCAAUGUCAGCCAGCAUUACAACUUUGCUUACAUGGGAGAGUACUUGACUAAGAGGAUUAGAGAGAGGAUGCUUUCAAAGGUACUCACUUUUGAAGUGGGAUGGUUUGAUCAGGAUGAGAAUUCUAGUGGUGCCAUUUGCUCUAGACUCGCCAAAGAUGCCAAUGUGGUGAGAUCUUUGGUGGGUGAUCGAAUGGCUCUUGUUGUACAAACCAUGUCAGCAGUAACAGUAGCUUGCACAAUGGGACUGAUCAUUACAUGGAGACUUGCACUUGUCAUGAUAGCCGUACAACCCCUCAUCAUUGUAUGCUUCUACACAAGGCGUGUCCUGCUCAAAAAUAUGUCCCAGAAGGCCAUAAAAUCCCAGGAAGAAAGCAGCAAGCUCGCCGCGGAAGCAGUCUCCAACCUCCGGACAGUCACCGCCUUCUCAUCCCAAAACCGCCUCUUGAAAAUGCUCGAAAAGGCCCAAGAAGGCCCGCGUCGGGAGAGUAUCCGACAGUCAUGGUAUGCCGGCAUUGGACUCGCUUGUUCCCAAAGCCUCACGACCGUCACUUGGGCCUUCGACUUUUGGUACGGAGGCAAGCUUGUCGCCAAGGGCUACGUCAAUGCAAAACAACUUUUCCAGACCUUCAUGAUCUUGGUCAGCACGGGCCGGGUCAUUGCCGAUGCUGGUAGCAUGACCACAGACCUCGCCAAGGGAGCAGACGCCGUUGGGUCUGUUUUUGCCGUGUUAGACAAGUACACAAAAAUCGAGCCUGAAGACCCCGAAGGUCUCGACCCCAAAAGAAUUACGGGCAGCAUUGAGCUACGCAACGUGCAUUUCGCGUACCCCGCUAGGCCCGAUGUUAUGAUCUUCAACGGCUUCUCAAUCAAAAUCGAGGCGGGAAAAUCAACGGCAUUGGUGGGCCAAAGUGGUUCAGGUAAAUCAACGAUCAUCGGAUUGAUAGAACGGUUUUACGAUCCGAUCAAGGGAGCGGUCAAAAUCGACGGUCAAGAUGUGAAGUCGUACCACCUCAAAUCAUUGAGAAAACACAUAGCAUUGGUCAGUCAAGAGCCAACGUUAUUUGCCGGGACCAUACGAGAAAACAUUGUGUACGGCGUAUCGGACAAGGUCGAUGAGUUGGAGAUAGUGGAAGCCGCGAGGGCGGCCAACGCGCACGAUUUCAUUGCGGGAUUGAAAGACGGAUAUGACACGUCGUGCGGGGACAGGGGAGUGCAGCUAUCCGGCGGACAAAAGCAACGGAUUGCUAUAGCCAGGGCGAUACUUCGAAACCCCGUCAUUUUGUUGCUGGACGAGGCGACCAGCGCGCUCGACAGUCGGUCUGAAAAGGUUGUGCAGGACGCGCUGGAGCGUGUGAUGGUGGGGAGGACCAGCGUGGUGGUGGCCCACAGGUUGAGUACAAUACAGAAUUGUGAUAUGAUUACUGUGCUGGAUAAAGGAAAGGUCGUGGAGAAAGGGACCCACUCGUCGCUUUUGGCCAAAGGGCCUGCAGGUGCUUAUUUCUCAUUGGUCAGCCUCCAAAGGACCCCACCCGCAGAAAAGGGCACUGAAUUGUAUUGAAAUUAUAAUUGACUCCUCCCUUCUUUUUGUUCUUAUUUUUGCCCCACCAAAAUGGUGGUUGAUGAUGAAGGUUUAAAUAGUCCUAAGCAGGAAGAGUAAACUUGCCAAAGCUUCAAGUCUCUUCGAAAUAAUGGUGUUGGCAUUGGGUAAGAAGUAUGGACUAGAAAACUAGAAAGGAUGCCAAGGAACUGUAUAAAUAUUCUCUCUUUUAAACUCUAAUGUACAUAUAUGUUGUCUCUCUA